CUCCUACCCUCGCCGACGACAUGGACACUGGUCAUCUGUCGCACCAAGUUACGACCAUCAUCAACCAGCUGCAUGGCGUCUUUGACGACAUCGGCCUGCCCACACAUGAACGAGACGAGCGGGAAGCAGAGCUGUUCGCUGCUCUGUCCGAAACACUAAACAAUCAGCUCAAACUGGUCGCANAACAUGAUCUGACGGAUGAGGCCCGCCGUCUGAUCAAGUCGAUCCGCCAGAUGGAGGCCGCCUUGGUCGACGACAAGCCCCAUCGCGACAGCGACUACCAGGACGAAGAUCUCUCCAUCACCCUCCCUCUGCGCGACUGCAUCACAUCUCUCAAGGACAAGCACAACACUGUCUCCAGGAUCCACCGCGAACGCUACGAACAGAUUAAGAAGCUCGCUGAAGCGCUCGAAUCCUAUGCCUCGCACCUCGAACCAUCCUUCGUCACCAUCAAACUCCCUCCCACCUCGCCCAACUCCAAGAUAGCUCCAUCCUUCGAUGUCUCGCCCUCGUAUGUCAACUCUCUGGACAAUGCCUUCACCCGCGUCUACGAAGAAUACAACAAGCGCCUGGUCACGGUGCAAACUCUGGCAGAAGAAAUCAUCAUGCUCUGGGGUGAACUGGGCACCCCUCAAGCCCAGAUCGACAGCACCAUCGUUAAGCACGCUCGGAAUGCUCCCGAACAACUGGGCCUACACCAAGACGAUCUGAAUCGACUGAAGGGCAAGAAGGAAAAGCUGCUGGCCGAGAAGCGCAAUCGCGAGGUCAGACUAGAAGAGCUCAAAGAGGCGAUUGAGGCAUUAUGGGACAAACUGGGAGUCGAUGAGAGUGAGCGCAAACCGUUCUUGGCCAGUAACAGAGGGUGUGGGCUGCGCGCCAUCAACGAGUUCGAGGAUGAGCUGGCUCGUCUGAACGAGCUGAAACGCCAGAACCUGCACCUGUUCGUCGAAGAUGCUCGGUUCAAACUACAGGAGUUGUGGGAUGGCCUCUAUUUCUGCGAGGAAGAGAUGCUCGAGUUCACGCCGGCCUUUUCAGGUGACANNGAUGUCUACUCGGACGCUUUGCUCGAGGCUCACGAGGCCGAGAUUGCCCGCCUCGAAGCGCUCAAGGAACAACGCGCGCCCACUCUGGCCAUGGUCGACAAGUAUCGCUCGCUCGUCAAGGAUCGCGACGACUUGGCUGCUUCGUCGCAAGACGCCUCUCGUCUCAUGCUCCGUGGCCAAAAGGGUGAAAAGCGUGACCCCACGCGUCUUUUGCGCGAGGAGAAGAUGCGCAAGCGUAUCGCGAAAGAGCUGCCCAAGGUCGAAAGUGAUCUGCGCCAGAUCCUCGAAGAGUGGGAGGAAGAGUACGGCCGUUCCUUCCUUGUCCACGGCGAACGAUACCUGGACGAGCUAGAAGCCACAUCGCAGAAGCCUUCCUCCCAAGGCUCGGUGCGAUCAAAGACGCCAUCGAUCCCUCCCCGAUCAAAAACGCCAUCAUCAGUCCCGCCUUCGACUGUCCGGCCCAAGUCUGCAGCCGCCGCCGCUCCCACGACCGCUAUCAAGAACCAGACACUGCGCGGCCCUCCUCGCUCCAAGACUCCUACCGCCUCGCGCAAUCCUUUGGCCUCGUCUGUCAUGGGUCCUCCCUCGUCCGUUUCAUCGUCUAACUCCUCGUUUGCAGCUUCGGUCGGUCCGGGUAGUCUCCGCAGUCCCUCCAGAAUCCCUGGCCGUCAGCCCCUGAGCAGUAUGCUACAGGCUGGCAAUUCAACCGCCCGUCGUCCUCNNCCCCCUGGUCCCUUGGGUCAUUGUAGAACGGAGUCCGACAGUAGCACUCUUCGCAGCCGUAUGGCUCCUCCACCGCGGCCCAUGCCCUUGUCUCGCGACUUCUUCUCUCCACCCGAGACCCCAUGUCCCAUCAACAACGCCGACAUGUCGUUUGAGCGCAGCGGCAGCAUCAUACGUCGCAUGAGCCCCGAAGAUCCCUAUAGCGACCGCAGCUCGUUGCGCUCUGUCCGCACCUUCCAAUCCACCGCUUCCUCACGCCCGGCAUCUCAAGCUACGCACCAUUACGUGGCAGCCGCGCCGCGACCCUCGCCACGCUUCGAGUACCCUGCUGCACCGCCAUCGCUAGCCAUGACCCGACAGACGUCAAACGCUUCCUCUGUCGAGACUUCCAACUCUGCCGUGUCUGGCUCCGAAAACUGGGAGACAUAUACCGAUGCUUCUGACGACGACGAGCCAGAUGCCCGCAUGGCUUAUUACGGCAAACUGCGCACGACUAAGCGUGACUCGCCAGAGGACAGCGCAUACGAUGGUGCUGGCAAGGGCUUUGGCGCCAAAGUCCGAGCAAUAGGUGUCUCAGAUGAUGGCAGUGAGGCCGUAUGGUCUGACGUGGGUGAGACGUUC